AAUGGCAUAAAUCUGAUCCUUUGGGGGAUCUAUUCCUGCCCACAAUCAUUAUUCUGUUUUGAGUGUUUUCUUUUUAGCAUCAAAUUCUUCAUUCUUCAUAUUUGACUCUUCAAACUCACACCAAAAAAAAGAAGAGCUAGAAACCAUGGUAAAGGAUAGGAACGUUGGCGUUGCAUUGGACUUCUCCAAGAGCAGCAAGAUUGCUCUCAAAUGGGCCAUCGAAAACUUGGCUGAUAAAGGCCAGACCUUGUACAUCAUCCACGUCAACCCUAAUUCUUCUGAUGAUCGUAACCAGUUGUGGGUCAAAUCUGGUUCUCCUCUUGUUCCUUUGACAGAGUUCAGAGAUGCAGAGGUUACGAAGCACUAUGGCGUGCAAACUGAUGCAGAGGUUCUUGAUUUGCUUGACACUGCUGCCAGGCAAAAAGAGGUCAACGUUGUGGUGAAAUUGUACUGGGGUGAUGUAAGAGAGAAACUUCUAGAUUCCAUUGAAGAUCUGAAGCUAAACUCUUUGGUCUUGGGAAGCAGAGGUCUUGGAACAAUUCAAAGGAUGAUAUUGGGAAGUGUUAGCAACUUCGUGAUGACUCAUGCUCCAUGCCCAGUGACCAUUGUCAAGGAGUAGCAGUAAGUAGAGUAGAAGAUCAAUUUGGGAGAACAUUCACGUCUAUUAUACUUUUUCAUGCAGUGUACUUGGGCUAUAUUAAAUAAUGAUCUUUAUUUUCAUAAAAGACAGUGAUAUUUUAUAUUCAGUGUGACUUAUCAAUGAGUUCUAUUUCAAUUAGUUAAAUAAAAUGAGUGAAUUAUUAUAAA